AUGGGUGUAAUGUUUGGAAUGCCAAGAAUGAUAGGAAGAAGAACUGAUGACACCAUUUUGAUGGGAAGCGGUGGAUGGAGACAGAAACCAUUCUACAUUAGAUACUUUGGCAGGAGCAACAUGGUUACAAGACCAAUGCUAAAAAAUGCGAUCCUGAACUUGCUCAAGCGUACUGGAAUCAAGAAGAAGAAUGGAAAAGAUCGCAAUUCUGAAUCUGAAGGUGGCGAAGAUAGUGAUGAAGACAAUGAGGAUGAUGCCGAAAAUGAAAAAGUACAGGAUAGUGAAGAUGAUGAAGUUAUUGAGCACAUGAUACCAAGAGUAGAAACUGAACAAAAUCUGGAAGAUAUGUUGUUGUAUGCGGAGCAUACUCAGUUGGUGAAACCACUGAAGUUACCAGAUGAUCGAUACCUGCCGAGAGAGUUUGAGGAUUUGGAAGUGGAGCAUGAGGAUUUAAGGCUUACAAUUGCAUCAAAAUGGGGAGAGUUACAGAGCAGGAAACAUGACAGCCUCCCUACUAAUGUGAGUAAGCUUGAAGAACUUUUGAAUGAUAUAUAUCACAAAGCUUACCCACCUCCACAAUCAAACUCGGAAGAUCAAAAAUAUAGUAGUAUCUUAGAAGAAGAUGUUCAUUUGAGUGGUAAUUCAGACGACACCAUUCCAUCGGCAACUACUCCCUUAGAGAGUGAAAAGGAAAUUCCAGUUGAUACACAAGAAAUAACGAAUGAACAUGGAAAUGCUACUCCAACUAUGCCUGUUAUUGGGAGCUCUGAAGAAAAUCCCACACAAUACGCUCUUGAGGUUUCACAGUUUAAAAUAUGGGAUCGAUCUUAUUUGGAGCGUAAGGUGAAAGAGCUGCAAGAGGAAAAGAGCAUGCCAGAACUAUCACAUACUGAAAAAGAUGAACUCCAACAAACAGCAGCAACACAGGUUCUCGGUAAUAUUGAAAUAGAAGUUGGUUCUCUUAGAGAGAGACGUGAUGCUUCACUUGAAGAAAUGUUGUCGCAUAUGCAGUUUACGCCCUUGGUUUGUGAGCUACCGAGUCUGAAAGAACUGCAUAGUGUGCCGAUGGAGAAACUCAUUGACCUGGACAUCCAUGACAAGGGUAUUUAUACCAAUGAGUACUCAAAAUAUCCACAAGCUGAAAUUAUGGGGGAUCCUAUUUCGUCUUUAGGAAGUCUUGAUCUGGAGUACCCGUCGACUGUUUCAAGACCAACUUUUGAAUUGGGUUUAGGACUAAAUGUUGAAAAUGGAGAAGAGGUGCAACAACCUGUAAUUGAUCUAGGUGCACCUGAUCCACCUCAAAUCCAUCUUGCAGCUACGUCUGCGCCUAAUGAAGCUCCAAUUGGUAUAGAAACAUCAAAUCAAGCUCAAAUUAAUCCCUUGGCUGAGAAAGCUCAAAUCAAUACUUCACCUACACUUAAUGUAGCUUCAGCAAUUGAUCUAGCUGCACCCAAACAAGCUCAUAUGAAUCCUGCAACUGAGAAAUAUGAACUUCAGCAACCUCAACGAAGGCUGCCGAUUCCACAGAAGUCUCUAGUUUUAGAUGUUGAAAAGGGAGAGGAAGCUCUAUUAAAGAAGAUUAAAAGCGCCGAAAAAGCUAAUGCAUAUGCUGAGACUCUCGAAAUUCUUGCUGAGCUACAAAAGGGUAAGGAACCUGGGGUAAGUCAGACAUCAGCGGAAGACGUCGUACCACUUGCCGAGAGACUCGAAGAUAAUAUGUCUACAAAGGGUAAGGAAGUCGAACCAAUAGAGAAGAAAAAGGCGAGUAUAUCAGUCAAGGACAAGGAAGUUGCUUCAAGAGAGAUGAAAAAGGAGACUAUCUCAUCCAAGGAGAAGAAAGAUACUCCAAAAAUCACAUUUACCCCUCAGAAGCCAAUAACUCGGAGCAACCCACAAAAAAGAGUUGAUCCUGAUUUCGGGAGUGGCAAAGGAUUGUCUGGAAUUAAAAGGCGAAAAACAAAAUCCAAAACUGAAACCCCAGUUGAACAAGAUUUCCCAACAGUGAAAGUUCAGAAAAAGGAUGACGAGAAUGUGAAAAAUAGAAAAGCUAAAGGUGGUACAAAUCUUUAG